GUGUAAACCAGAGGAGAAAUGUUAAAACUUCGCAUGAUUUGUUAAGUCGUAUCAUCUAAAAUAUGUUAACUAUUAUAAAAAAAAUGACUUGUAAUGCUUGUUUAUGGAUACUUGUUCUGCAGAUAAAUCAAGCGGCGUCGGCUGGGGAUUCCGAAGCGCUGUCGAAGGGAGCAAUAAUUGGAAUCAUAAUCGGUGUUCUCAUUGUCGUUGUUGCUAUUAUCAUAGUAGUUUUCGUGUGCUUAAAAGUGAAAUGGCGGCAUAUAAGACGGAAAAAUAAAAAGGAAAAUGUAACUCGAACUGUCCCACAAUCUGCAAAAUCAAACAUAAUAAAAGAUAAUCUUGUUGAAAUACUACCGGAAAUUCCAGAGGAAGACGAAAGUAUUAGACAGUCGUUUGUAAGCGUAAGAGAUGAAUCAAGUGUCAUAGUUCAAUCUAUUCAGUCUGACACCAGCAAAACGCAGCAAACGACUGUAAACUGUGAACUCGCAACGGACAGAGCUGAUGAAGAAAAUACAGAUAUCGUUAAAAAAAUAAUUACAAAAACGAAUAAUGUAUCGGAAACAGACGAUAUAAAGAAUACUUCUCAUGUUAAAGUUAAUUCAAAGAAUGGUGAGGAAGAUCUUGUUAAAGACAUUCAUAUAAAUGUUAAUAAUGGACUUAUAGAAAAUAAACAAAGUGAAGUUUUAGUUACGCGUGUGAUUGAAAAUGAUAACCUUUUGAGAAAAGAUAUUCCGCAUUUGAAUUCUACAGAAAAUAUUUUCUCUGAAUAUGAUGCAGCAAUGACAUACAAAACGGAGAGUCGAGGAAUUUCUAAAAGUGACGUGAGUAUUAACCUAAAGGGUGCAAAUUGUGGACAAAAAGAAAUUAAACCAAAUGCCUUUGAAUUUACUCGAGAUGAUAGUGACGUAAAUCUGAAAUCUGAAAGUAAGAUAAAAGCUGAAAAAGAAAUCAAAGCAAGAAAUAUUAAAUCCGAAGGUAACUUAACUGACGCUGUUAAAAGUAAAAUAGUCAAAAGAAAAUCAUCACUUAUCUCUAGAAUAACAAGUAAAUCUUUUGAGUGGAACUUUGAAUACAUCUCUCCAUAUGCAAUGUCCGCGAAACAAAAACAAGAGCGUCUAGAAAGAAAAGUGAGAAUGCAGAAGCGAAAAAGGAAACUGGUUAAAUUGAAACGAGAAGAAAAAGAAAAAAGAUUACAAGAAAAUACUCUAGUAUUUGAAAAAUGGAAACAGCAGAUAAAAGACAAGUCGCGUGGAAUUUCAAAAAGGACAGAAACCGGUUCUUUUGGUUCUGGAAAAUUAAAGAGAUAUAGAUAUUGGUAUCCCACUUAAGUGAAAUGUACUUGUAAACCAAAUCCCUUCAGUUUCGAUGAGGUAUAUAAUUACUUUAAUAGUAUUCAUACAAAUGUUUUAUGGCAAAUUAUUGGCAUCUUCACUGAUAUGAAAACACAAGGGACGGAAAUGACAUUAGACAUUUUCCUUCAACCGUGCCAUCAUAGAAAACUCCUAUUUGGAGAUCGAGUUUUGCGACGUGUUGAUUUCCUCGAAGCUCAGCUGGUGUGUAGAACAGCAGGAGUAAGCAUAAGAUUUUAUUGAAUAUGAGACUGUUACAGCAAGUCGUCAACAUUAAAUAUAUUUGUUGUUUCUUUUCAUUAACAAAGGAAACAAUGCAUGCAAGUAGAUGCAUGAAAUCAUAAUUGUUUUGUAUACCUAAAUAUCUAGAAAUUGUCUCUGUAAAAUCUACAUUUUAGCAUUGAAUACAGUAGGACGUAGACAAAUAUGUUUGCGAAAACCCAAGAUCUAGUGUUGGUAUUGUUACAUAGUUCGUUCAGGAUGUCUAAAUGAUGCAACGUGAAGAUUAAGUUACUGGAACACCGUUUAGGUCCGGUCUAUAUAUGGCGGCAUUCCAUAUUGUACUAAGAACCCAUUAAGUGCUUCAAUUUGUCUGUCAACAUAUGCAACAGGAAAUGCUUGAUAUAUUUACGUUUGAACUAUAUAGGAACUUCUUGUACGAAAAUAUAAUUUGGUACAGCUGUAAAAUGUCUGUGUAAGAAUUUUAUUUUAAAAUCACAGACCUAAAAGAUCUGUUAGGUAAGAAAUGUUCAGAAAUACAAUUGUAAUACAGUCAGGUCUCAAAGUAUAGCUGUGAAGAAAUACAGUUAAAUGGUACAGCUAUAAAACUUCAUUUCUCAAAAUUACAUCUGUAAAUAUUUUCUUAGGAAAACAGGAAUGUUGUAAGCCAUGUGUUAUGUAUUUUGGUGGGGGAUUUAACUGAAAUUCAGAGAGACAUCACUUCGUCUAAAUCAUUUGAAUUUUAACUGUUACAUGAAAGUUUUUCAUUUCUACGACUGUAAGAUAUUUUUACAACUGUAUCUGAUUUGUUUAAUUCAAACAGUUUUACAGUAGUGUAAUAGCUGAAAAUUGAAAUCUACGAUUGUAAGACUGUAAGUUCAUGAUAUGAGCCGUGCCAUGAGAAAACCAACAUAGUGGGUAUGCGACCAGCAUGGAUCCAGACCAGCCUGCGCAUCCGCGCAGUCUGGUCAGGAUCCAUGCUGUUCGCUAACAGUUUCACCAAUUCCAAUAGGCUUUAAAAGCGAACAGCAUGGAGCCUGACCAGACUGCGCGGAUGCGCAGGCUGGUCUGGAUCCAUGCUGGUCGCAUACCCACUAUGUUGGUUUUCUCAUGGCACGGCUCAUAUACAGAAUAUACAUGUGUACAUUUGAAAUAACCAUACAGAGUUCUACACCAGUAAAAUUCCGUACAAUUAUAUACAUGUAACUAUUGACCUGUCCCGCUUCAGCUUUUAUUUGAUUCUAUGACAACAUGAAAUGUAUAUAAAGAAGACAAUAGUUAAUUUUUUCCGUUAGCAGUUAAAGGAUAACGUUGGUUUUCCUAACCACGAUAAUAUCUAUAAGUCUAUAUUAAAUAAGAAUUACUUAAUUGUGCACACAUAUAUUUUGCAAAAGUAUUUGAGAUAUAAAUUAUGAUAAAGUAUGUAGUACAUUGGUCAAUUAUACACAUAAAAUGUUA